AUGACUGGUCAACGCAAGACAAGUGGCAGACGCAAGACGGAUGGCAUGCCCGAGGUUGGGGAGCGAGGCAAUGUUCUUUUCCAUCUUGAACCCGUUAAUAGGAGGACAGAAAGACUUUUCAAAGACGCCGAGAACAGUCCCCUCCAGGCCAUUGAUGAAUACGGACGGUCGUUCUUGAAAUCGGCCAUGCAACGUCUGUAUGGGGCUCAAAGAUACUUGCGUGCAUUGGACGGCAUCGUCUCGACGUCUGCUUGGGUCAUCAUGUUCAAUGACAUUUCAGUUCGGAGCACGAGUCGUUUUGUCGGAUCUAAUGCAACCGACUUUCCACCCAACUUGCCGCGCCGCGUGGUUAUUUUACCACGUGUUAAUACCCAAAUACAGCUGGGCCACGAAGGCGUCAUUCAAUUUAAUAUUGUUUGGAAUGACAGACAUCCCCAAGGUGCAAUUGCCGCUGCCCAAGCGCUUCCCUUGCCUCAUGGCACUACUGACAACCAAGAAAUAGGAGUGCGUGGUGGUGGCAUCACGCCUAGGCUCACCCGGCCAGAAUCCAAAUCACCUUCCAUUUGGAACGCUAACAUCAAAUGGACCAAAAUUGACGACCUUGGUGCCGGCGGGUUCGGGAUGAAGUCUAUGAAAAGGGAGGUUAAAGCACUCUCAAAGAUCCACCAUCCCCGUAUUGUAGAGUUUUACGGCUCCAGCGGUCACGACACUGGGUCAAUCAAGAUGUUCAUGGGCUUGAGAGACGGCUCGCUCGCUACUUUUCUUAAGAAGUACCCCGGAACAUCACGUAUUGAUCUCGCUCGGAGGGUCCUGCGCCAGAUGCUCGAAGCACUUGCUUGUGUCGCCUCUCACAAUAUGAUCCAUCAUGAUGUGAAACCGGGCAACAUCCUCUACUCCAUGGGGAGCAGCCUAGAAUCGCCCGACUUCUUUCUUUGCGACUUCGGCCAGGCAUACAAGGGUGGUGUGGAUAAAGAAUGCGGUGGUACUCGGCUCUUUAGGCCACCCGAAAUCUUUCAGAGACGACCCAACACGCCCAAGGUCGAUAUAUGGGCCCUUUUCGUAACCAUGCUGGAGAUCUUGGAUGAGAAGGACUGGCGAAGGCGAUCCAGAAAGUGCAGCGCGUCAGCCAACAGCCAGUUCCAUCCGAUCGAGCUUGUUGAAGAAUUUGCGGAUGAUGAAGAGACCGAGGCCUACAGCUUUCGCAAGAUGGCACGAAUCGACCCUGACAAGCGCUACUCGGCUGAGAUGUCUCACCAGUAG